UAUCUCAUACAACACCUGGUCCAUUAAUUAAUUCCUUAUCAAGAAGUCCAGCAGCGAUUGGAUAUAAUGAUAACCAAUCAGUUCGCUUUGCUUCUGCUGUUGUCCAUCACUGAAUGGAGCUCAGCCUUACUCCGCCCAGUGCCUGGAAAUAGAAUUGCAGAUAAAGAUGGACGGACACUUCUCCGAUCAAAGCGUGGAUGGAUGUGGAAUAGUUUCUUUCUUUUGGAGGAGUGGACUGGAAACGGAAAGCAAUAUGUGGGCAAGCUUCAUUCUGAUAUGGACACGGAAGACGGAAAUAUAAAGUAUGUCCUCACAGGAGAUGGAGCAGGAACAGUUUUUGAAAUUGAUGAGAACUCUGGUGAUAUACAUGCCACCAGAAGGUUGGACAGAGAGGAAAAAUCGUCAUAUACUCUCAGUGCUAAAGCAGUCAACAAAUCCUCCGGACAUGUCCUGGAGAGGGCCUCGGACUUCAUCAUCAAAAUCCACGAUAUCAACGAUAACGAGCCAAAGUUCAGCAAGGACACUUAUGUAGCCAGCGUGCCUGAGAUGUCAAAUGUUGGUGCAUUUGUGAUUAGAGUAACAGCUACAGAUGCCGAUGAUGAAUCAUAUGGAAACAGUGCCAAGCUCGUGUACAGUAUUCUCCAGGGACAGCCAUACUUCUCUGUUGAACCCGAGACAGGUGUGAUUAGAACAGCUCUGCCCAGCAUGAUUCGAGAGAACCGGGAGAACUACCAGGUUGUAAUUCAGGCUAAGGACAUGGCAGGACAAAUGGGUGGUCUCUCAGGAACCGCUACAGUCAAUAUCACACUACUGGAUGUCAAUAAUAGCCCUCCUCGUUUCCCUCGCAGUGUGUACGAUCUCUCCACGCCCGAGUCGGCUGAGGUGGGAUCCUCUAUCGGCUGGGUUAAGGCAAAUGAUGCCGACAGCGGUGAGAAUGCAGAGAUGUGGUACAGCAUUUUGGAUGGCGAUGGGCAGGAUGUAUUUAACAUCAUCACAGAUGGAACCAGUCAGGAAGGGGUGAUCAUAAUCAAGAAGCCUCUAGAUUACGAAAGCAAGAGGAUUUACUCGCUGCGGGUGCAGGUGACAAACACACACCUGGACCGGAGAUUUGAGCAUUUGGGUCCUUUCAGUGACACAGCCACGGUCAGGAUUACAGUCACAGAUGUAGACGAACCCCCAGUUUUUGGCCGGAGUUAUUAUAUCUUUGAGGUAGAUGAGGACACACCGCCUGGCAGUGCAGUAGGCACUGUAACUGCCCGUGAUCCUGAUGCUGCCAAUCUCAUUGUCAAAUACACCAUCGAUCGCCACACAGACCUAGAAAGGCUGUUUAAUAUUGACUCCAACAAUGGUACCAUCAGCACCCUUCAAGCUCUGGACAGAGAGACUUCCAAAUGGCACAACAUCUCCGUCCUAGCCACAGAAAUAAGUACUUCUCUGCAAACACGAGUGCCGGUGUUCAUCAAAGUUCGAGAUGUGAAUGACAAUGCUCCUGAGUUUGCUAUGUAUUAUGAGACUUUUGUCUGUGAAAAUGUCAAGGCUGGCCAGCUCAUUCAAACAAUAAGUGCAGUGGACACAGAUGAGCCUCUCGUUGCACAUAAGUUUGUCUUCAGUCUAAACACAGUCAACCCCAACUUCACCAUCUUUGACAAUGAAGAUAACACGGCACGGAUAUUGACACGCAGGGGAGGCUUUAACCGGCAUGAGAUGGGCUCAUAUCUGCUACCUGUGGUCAUUUCAGACAAUGACUAUCCCAUCCAGAGCAGCACAAGCACUCUGACUGUACGAGUGUGUGCAUGUGAUAGUCGUGGAAAAGUCCAGUCCUGCAGUACUGAAGCCCUGCUGCUUUCUGCUGGCCUGAGCACCGGAGCUCUUGUUGCUAUCUUACUCUGCAUCGUCAUACUACUCAUGAUCGUGGUUUUGUUUGCUGCAAUGAGGCGGCAGCGCAAGAAAGAGCCUCUGAUUAUUUCCAAAGAUGACGUCAGGGACAAUGUGGUGAGCUACAACGACGAAGGUGGCGGUGAAGAAGACACACAAGCGUUUGACAUCGGCACGCUAAGGAACCCCGAAGUCAUAGACACCAAUAAGAUGAGACGAGACAUCAUCCCCGAUAUGCUCUUUCCUUUCCGACGUGUGUCCCCUAUCAAAAACAACGCAGAUGUGAGGGACUUUAUUAACAGUCGUCUUCAAGAUAAUGAUUCGGACCCCACAGCACCUCCUUAUGAUUCACUGGCCACUUACGCGUAUGAGGGCAGUGGUUCACUCGCUGAAUCUCUCAGUUCACUUGAAUCUACUGCAACUGAGGGAGAUCAGGAUUUUGAUUACCUUAGCCAAUGGGGACCACCGUUCAAGAAAUUGGCAGACAUGUAUAUAGGAAAAGAGACUCAUAGAGAGACAUAAGGCCACGAUGUAACACUGUACUGAGUUUUCUCACUUAUAUCACUUAAUUAACUUACACCAACAUAAAUUCCCUCCCUUACCCAACUGUAUAAAUCAAUUAGUCAAUAAAGACUUGGAAAUCCUAAUCAAACUAAUAGACAUUUUAUGAAGACAUUUUCAUCUUUCCUACUUCAUCUAGUAUUUCUUCUCCCACUUUCUCAAGCUUUUUCCCUUUUUUAAUUCCAUAA